AAUGAUCCAUGAACCAAUUGGAAAAUAUAUCUAUUUAGUAUGGGGUUUGUUACUUGGUGCUCUUUAUGGAGCAUGGUCGGAUAGAAUAGGUCGUAGAACUGGAAUGACAAUCGUUUCCAUUGGUUUAGUUCUCUUCAACUUCUUCAAUGCUUUGGACUAUGAUGUCAUAAAAACCCAUGAGCCAAUUAUUCCGUUUCUUGCAAGAUUUCUAGUAUCCUUAACAAGUCACUAUGUAAUAAUUUAUACGCUGGCUUACUCAUAUUCAGCCGAUGUUACGUUACAAAAGAAUAGAUUAGGUCGCUAUGUUCUAUUGGAUAUCGCUUUUCGAAUUUCUACAAUAUUGGCUGGAACCUCAUUAUUAUUUCUUACUUUUAUAGGUUUUUCACCUAUCUUAUUAACAAGUAUAAAUAUUGGUUUGCUGGCGGCAGCAGUUACCGGAUAUAGUUCUGAAACUGGUUCUAUCCGCUACAAACUCAAAGACUCAACUAAAUCUAAGAAAAGUAGUUUGUAUGAACUUUCUUGGCAUUUUCGAGACGCUUAUCACACACUUACCAAACAUCGAGAAUAUAAUAGCAGAAGCCACCUCCUUAUUUAUAUUCUCCUAUUCGCUUUCAACGAUUUAUUAAGUAACUGCAUUACGGAAAUAACAACAGUUCUAACCAUGAAACAUCCGGCUUUGAACUGGGAUUCGGUUACUGUUGGUGAAUUUCGCUUAGUUUGCGAAUUAUCCUUAUUAGUGGGUUCAGGUGUCGGCUGGAAUAUAAUAACUCAAUCGUCAUUUUCUCGUUUUCGAGAACCUCAGUUUAUAUUAAUCGGUUUAGCUUUCAGACUAUUGCAAAUAUUACCUGUCCUCGUAACAGAAGCGUCUCAUGAACCUUAUUUAAUGGUUGCCAUCCUCGGUGUAUUCACUUCGUUAAUUGGACCCUCAAUUCUAUCUCACGCAACUAGUAUUGUAGAACCUCACGAAAUUGGAAAAGUAUUAGGAUGUACAUUCGGUUUAUCGUGUUUUUUGCGUCUACUUUUGGAAGUUAUUGGAAAAGCAACAGUCUAUUUGCUGGCCGAUGAACCACCCAAUGUUGUUUGGGGUCCAAUUUUAGGAAUUGCCUCAUUAUUAUUUCUAUUGCUAGGAUUAAAUAUAAGAGAUAUAGUAAAGCAAUACGAAAGAAGGAAUCGACAUAGAUUGUUAGCCAAAGAUAUAUAUUCUGAAGAAUUGAAUAGCACAGGAGAUAAUACUCCAUGCGAAUACAUGAGGAAAGCUACUGGAAAUAUCAAUUCCAGAUCAGAUGAACCUCAAUCUGAAUCUAUAGAAAAAAGCGAUUCCAGGAAUAUUUUGAGUCCAAUUCUAUCGCAAAAUUUGCAUUCGACUCAACCAUCGACAUUUCAAAUGAAUGAUGAAGUUCAAUUUGCGGAAACGCCAACAAGAGCGGAAUCAAUUGAUCCCCAAGUUCCAUAUGCCAACACUCCCCCAUCUGCAAAGCAGCCCUCAAAUCGUUUCAACAAUGAUCUGCAAUUGACAACUCCAUCGAUUGUUAAAUCGGCUUCCGAUAAAACUAAACCAAAUGCAACAAACGACUCAAUAAAUCAAAUGGAUAAGAAAGCCAAGUCUCCAAAUAAUUCUUUAACAAAUUUAGCAUCAGAACCAAAAAAGAAUAGUACAACAAAGGAAACUGGUGAAUACGACGAGAAUAGUUAUGCAUCUAAUUCCGAUUCGGAAGAGAGCGAUUCUUGUUCUGAAUACGAAUCUGAUUCGAAAAACAUCAUGAUGAUUGUGAACACUCCUGGUUCAACUCUAGACUCAUUUACAAAUCUAUCUACUUCCCAGAUGAAAAGCGAAUCGGUCGGAAUCACUAAUGGAAACAAUAUUAAACCUGUUUCUGAAGAUAAUCUCCUCAAAAGAAGAAAUAAGAGAAUUCCUACUCUACAUAAAUCAACGUAAACAAUAUGAGCAAAUGGAACAAUUUAUUUAUUUGGAUAUUUCUAUAAAUUCUAUUUCUUUCUUUUUUU